AUGGCAGCAGCACGCCCCACCUGGCUGAUCACUGGAGCCUCAUCUGGUCUGGGUAAAUCGCUUUCUUUGGAAGCUCUCAAGGCAGGCUACAAGGUCAUUGGAACCACCCGUGACGUCGGCAAGGCUGAAAUCGCCCAUCCCGAAUUCUCGGCCAAAGGUGGCAUCUGGAUAGGUAUAGAUCCUGCUCAAAAGGAUGCAUACGAUCAAUUCGCCAAGUGCUCUCAGGAACACAAUGUGGAUGUCCUGGUCAAUAACGCGGGUUACGCGUUCAUUGGCGGUGUUGAAGAUACCAGUGAAAAUGAAGUGCGAGAUCAGAUGGAGGUCAAUUUUUAUGGGCCACUUCGCGCUGUUCGGGCGUGUCUCCCUGCCAUGCGUGCAAGAGGUUCCGGUCACAUUGUCCUGAUUAGCAGUGGUGCUGGAUUCAUCGCCCGCCCUGCAAGAGCCACCUACUCUGCCAGUAAAUUCGCCAUCGAGGCUGUUCACGAGUCACUUUCCCACGAGGUGAAGACACUUGGUAUCAAGGUCUUGAUAGUGGAGCCGGGCGCUUUCCGUACGCCAUUCUCCAGCCGCAUCAUUAUCCCAGCUCAGUUCGAGAACGGCUUCAGCGAGGGCUACAAGGGUACUGUGGUAGAGCAGAUGGUCGCUGGGACUCGACAGAUGAUGUCCAUUCCCGGCUUUGUGAAAGGAGACCCUGAUAAGGCGGCACGGGCAAUCAUCCAGGCCACCGUUACAGGCUACGACUAUCUUCGCAUGCCCCUGGGAAAGGACUGUGUGGAUGCGUUGGAGUCCAAGAUUGGCGAGCUACAGAGGGACCUCGAGGCUACCCGACCCAUCGCCACCUCUACAGACAUCGAUUGA